GGACGGCCCGGGAGGCCCGAACCCGCCCCAGAUCCUCUGGCAGGGGCGGAGCACUGUCGUGGGCGCCCGGAACCCCGGGGUCCAGGCCGCCUUCACUUUCUGCUCUGGGCCUCAGUUUCCUCAGCACUGAGCUGGCGAGAGGAGGGCUUCUGGUAUCUUCCGAUGUGGGGUAGCACCUCUCGCCUCUCGCCCGCCCCCACUGCCCCCCACUCUCCUUUCUUGCGGAGGAGGGACCCCCAGGUGGGAGGAGAGCAGCCAACCUCCACAUCCCGCAGAAGGGAGAGCACAGGGAGGGCAUUGCGAACCAGAGGCUGCCUGCCCUCGGCUUCCUCAGCCUCCCAAAGGGCUCCGGCUCCCAUACCCUCCACUCCCCCAAACCGAGCCAGGUGAGAAGGGCCACUGGCAAACAUGAUCCAGACAGAGGAGUGGGACUGAUGUGCCCCUUCCUCUCACUCCCUGGACACAAUGAUGCUGCUCUUGGGCAUCAGACAGACCUGGGGAGUCCCUACCCUCUAGCCAAGAGAACUUGUGAGCCUCGGUUUCCUCAUCUGUAAAGUGGCGAGGGAGCACCACGGCCUAGAACCAUCCUGAGCCAGGGACUGCUCUGAGACUCUGUCCAGUGCUCCAGGCACAGCCCCACGCUGCCACUGUACCUCCAGUUUGACCAAAGUCUUGGUCCUGGGAGGCUGUUGUUCAUGAGCCCAGCCCUGAGCCGAGUGGUGUCUGGGUGGCCAGGUAGGUGGGUGGAUGGGGUGAAGUGGGUCAGGCCCGUGGGACAAAGCUGCCAUGCCCCUUCCUGUUUGGCCAGCUGUUAAUCUUCAUGAUGCCAUCCAGUCCCACGGUGCCUGUCCAGCCCAUCGUCUGCCCUCUGCUUCUCCUCCAUCUGGUACAGCUCCAGAGACUCCUGAAGGCUCCGAGGAUCUCAGAGACCGGCUAGACCAACCCCUUCCCAUUUUACAUAUGGGGAAGCCAGGGCCCAAAAAGGAGAGAGGCUGGUGCAAAGUCGCACAGAGGGUCUGUGUGACUGAGUAGCCCCAGCCCUCUCUGCUCCCGGGGGCUUCCUCUGGGCGCAGCGCCCCCAGGGACAUCCAGUCUAGGGAUUCCUUCCUUUCUCUCUCUCUUUCUCUCUGGCUGCAAAACUCCCAUAUAUGAAAUAUGACCCAAUCCUUGCUGCCACAGAUGGGGACACUGAGGUCUAGGAAAGGACUCACAGGUCCCACAAGGAGCAGCUAAAGGAAGAAGGGGGGGCUGUUUAGUUCUAGGCGCCAGGCCAGUCUUCCAGUCUCACAGAGCUGGAUAGAGUGAGGGGGCUGGUGGGCCUAAGGGGCCAGCAUGGUGCAGAGCCAGGACCCAAAGGGGACAUUCCAAAGAGCAGAUCUGGAACAGCCGGAAGGAGGGCUCCUGAUCCUGGGGGUGUGCAGAUAGGGACCGAGUAGCCACUUGGACACUCGGAGAGGAUUUGCAUAUGAGUCCCUGAUGUUCUUUUGACCUCAGCCUCCCGCACCUUGCCGUGGCCCUGCCUAGUGGCCCUGCACCAAGAGCUCACUUUUCCCAGCACCCCCCGGGUAUGCCCCACUUUCCCAUCCAUGUCCUCAUGAGACCCUCCUUCCCCACUGGGAAACAAGGGUUAUUCUUCCCAUUUUACAGAUGGGGAAAUGAAGACUCAGAAGUUUGAGUAUUUUGCUGGAGUCAGUUCAGCAAUUGUGAAUUGAGUAUCUACUGUGUGCCAGGCCCUUUACACCAAACUGAAUCCUAAAUAGAACCUGAUCCCUGCCCAGUGAACUAGGGGCUCCUUGGGGCCUGGGCAGUGCCCAUCAAGCUCUCUGUGGUACCUCAGGGCCUGGCAUGGAGCAGGCACUCAGUGAACAUUGAUGUAACAAAUGUAUGGAUGAAAAAAAUCAGUGGAUGCAAAGCUUAGUGGAAGGAUCAUGGGUCUAGAGCUAGAGACCUGGGUUCAAAUCCUAACUGUGCCACGCAUGACCUUGAACACUAACAAGGACUACUACCCUUUAUUAAGUACCACCUGUAUGCUUUUCCAACCUUAGAGAUCCAAGGACUCUCAUGAAAGCACUGUGAACCCCUUUUCCUGAUGAGGAAACUGAGGCACAGAGAAGGAUAAGCCCUACCCAUGGCCCUGACAUGGCUGUCCCUCACAGGUGGCCUGAGUGUGGGUGACUUCCGGAAGGUGCUGAUGAAGACGGGGCUGGUGCUGGUGGUGCUGGGCCACGUGAGCUUCAUCGCAGCCGCUCUCCUCCACGGCACGGUGCUGCGCUAUGUGGCAGCCCCCAACGAUGCUGUGGCUCUGCAUUACUCUGUGGUCAACAUCCUCUCUGUCACUUCCGCCAUCGUGGUCAUCACCUCAGGCAUUGCAGUCAUCGUGUUAUCACGCUACCUCCCCAGCAUCCCUCUGCGCUGGACGGUGUUUAGCUCGAGUGUGGCCUGUGCUCUUCUCUCUCUGACCUGUGCUCUCGGCCUCUUGGCCUCGAUUGCUGUGACCUUUGCCACCCAGGGCCAGGCACUGCUGGCCGCCUGUACUUUUGGGGACCCCGAACUACUGGCACUGGCGCCCGACUGUCCCUUCGACCCCACUCGCAUUUACCGCCCAGAUCACCCACCAGUUGCUGGAACUGAGGCCCUGGUUGGGGAAGAGCAGCCAUCACAUGAUCACCCCAGCCCCCGACUCCUCCCACUUUCUGGAUGUCCUGGAGGAGAAGACCCAGACCCAGUGGGCUGGCAGCCUCUGACAUCUCCACAGAUGUGGGAGAGCCCAGAGCCUGUGGAGGACCACGACCUGCAGAGCUGCACUAGCUCUGGGCUGAUGACCCUUUGACAGCUGUUGCCUCACCCAAGCCCCGUGGCCACUGGGGCCCUCCAGCCAAGUCUGCACCGUGAUCAGGCCAGGAUUCCUGGAGCCAGCCAAGAGGGCUCAAUGCCACUCCAGGACCCGGGUGGGUCUUUCACCCCUCUCCUCCAGCCACCCAGCCCGCUGCACUGAAACGAGACUUUAUUCUGAAGAUAUUAAAAAGAACAGAGAUGCUCCACGUGGAUGCAUGCAGCGGGGGAGGGGACUCGGCCGGGGGCCUGUGCUGCUCUCCCACACAGGACACUGUGGGUGGCGCUCUAGGUGUGUCUGCCCAUCUGUCUGUGGGCCUGUGUGUGUAUCUGAGAGAGACAAGACACACAGAGGGGUCCGUGGGUCUGUGUUCAUCAAAAUGCUGAAACGCAGGCGGGGGUUCAUGGGACUCACAGCUGGGGGGCUGGAAGCAGGAGGUUUUCCUUUUGCAUCAUGGCCUCCGGGACAACAAGGGCAGGAACAGGCAAGGUUGAGGCCCUCCUGCAGGGAAGGAUGGCUCAAGGAAGGUUUCUCCUCAAGCCCCCAAACCUCUGGAAUCCUUCUCUCCGCUCCAAAUAAAAAGACAGGCAUGAUUCCCAA